AUGACCGAAACCCUCCGCGACACCGGCUUCGGCCAGACAAUCCGAUUCCUCAGCGGAAACCGCCUCCUGCAGUUCCCAGAAGAACAGAACCCCUCGAAAUGGAACAUCUACGUCAAGAACCCGCAGGUCCUCAAGCGCGAGGAGUCGCUGGCUUCAGACUCGGACGAGGAUCUAGGAAGGCACGGGCUAUAUAGCCUGAUGUCGCAGGCGUCUCGGUCUCGGUCGGUGCGCGAUCCGUCUCUUAUUGCGCGGACGAGGACGGGCGACGGGCCGCUGAGGAUCAUUACUUGGGCGCCUGAUGAUAGCGAGAACCCGCAGAAUUGGAGCGUGGCCAAGAAAAUGCUCGUCAGCUCGGAAAUCUGGUUACUUACGUUCUCGAUCUAUAUUGGGUCUGCGAUCUAUACGCCGGGGAUUCCGGGUGCAGCAGCCCAUUUCGGAAUCAGUACGGUAGCUGCGACGCUUGGGCUGACGGUGUUUGUCCUGGGGUAUGGCGUAGGCCCCAUGAUCCUCUCACCCCUCUCUGAGCUCCCAGCCAUCGGCCGCAGCCCAACCUACGUCGUGAGCCUGUUCAUCUUCGUAUUUCUCAACUUCGCCGUCAUCUACGCCACCAAUCUAGGCAUGUUCCUUGCCUUCCGCUUCUUGACGGGCUUCUUUGGCUCGCCUGCUCUUGCAACCGGGGGUGCGUCGAUGGGUGAUAUCUGGAGUCCUCGGAUCCGCGACUACAUGAUCGCCAUCUGGGGUGCGUUUGCGAUUUCUGCGCCGGUGCUUGGACCGCUGGUAGGAGGGUUCGCAGUUGCUGCUGAAGGGUGGACGUGGACUAUUUGGCAGCUGAUUUGGAUGUCUGGGUUUACGCUGGUCUUGCUGUUCGUCCUUCUGCCGGAGACAUAUGCACCGACUAUCCUUAGCCACCGUGCGCAGCGGAUUCGGAAGAUCACCGGUGAUGCGAAUUGCGUUGCUGAAGCGGAGUUGGAGAUUCAAAAUCUGUCAUCGAAGGACAUCCUCUUCGAAGCCCUAAUCCGGCCCUUCCAACUCUCCUUCCUGGAGCCGAUAAUCCUGCUCUUAAACCUCUACAUCGCGCUCAUAUACGGCAUCCUCUACAUCUGGUUCGAAGCCUUCCCCAUAAUCUUCGAAGAAAAGCACGGUUUCAAUGCCGGACAAACAGGCCUUGCCUUCCUCGGCAUCUUCAUCGGCAACAAUGUCUUUGCAAUCCCAUGGUAUUUCUACUGGAAAUACCACUACCAGACCCGAAUGUUCGAUACCAACGGCAACAUCGCACCGGAAUGCCAGCUUCCGCCCGCCUGUGUGGGUUGUAUAUGCCUCCCAAUCUCCCUCUUCUGGUUCGGCUGGACGGGGAAUUUCGCGAGCGUGCAUUGGGUCAUCCCUAUUAUCGCGUCCAUGCUCUUCUCCGUCGGCGGGUGUCUAAUCUUUAACAGUAUUUUCACGUACCAGGCCCACGCAUACCCGAAGUACGCGGCGUCCGUAUUAGCAGGCAACGACUUCAUGCGCUCGUCGUUUGGCGCCGGGUUUCCGCUUUUCGCGACGGCGAUGUUCCAUAAUCUUGGUGUUGGGUGGGCUUGCACGUUGCUGGGGUGUUUAACGGUCUUGUUUGUCCCUUAUCCAUUUUUGUUGUGGUGGAAGGGGAGGAGGAUUCGGAUGGCGAGUCGGUAUGCGAGGCAUGAUAUCUAG